AUGGUACCAGAAACAAUUGCGGGAAAAAUUGUCGGUGGAGUUUGUUCAUUGAGUGGUGUACUCGUCAUUGCUCUUCCUGUACCGGUUAUCGUAUCAAAUUUCAGUCGGAUUUAUCAUCAAAAUCAAAGAGCCGACAAACGGAAAGCUCAGAGGAAAGCAAGACUGGCACGAAUUAGAAUUGCAAAAGCUUCUUCUGGUGCUGCUUUUGUUACAAAGAAAAAAGCAGCCGAAGCACGUUUGGCAGCUCAAGAAUCCGGAUUGGACAUGGAUGAAAAUUAUAGAGAUGAAGAUAUUUUCGAAUUACAGCAUCAUCAUUUGCUCCGUUGUUUAGAAAAGACGACAAGUAAGAUUAUAGCUCUGAGGUUUUAUUUAUUUCGGCAAAAACAUUUCAAAAAUACAUUUUAA